AAUUUGAGUAGUACGUCAGUUUACAUUUGACGCCAUGACGUACACGUCGCUCGCGCUGCCGACCUCGAUCGACGACCUUGGCGUCGUUCUUGCGACGCUCAAGCAACAACGCAUGCAUCUGGACGAACGCCGAACGCGCGUCGCCCAAAGCAUCGUGGAGCCUCCGACGACCAAGGCCCGCGACGAGUUUGCCCGCCUCUUUGCCGACAACCGCAUCCCCACACCGCGGCACAAUAGCUCGAUAUCAAGUCGAUAGCGUAUAUGUUCUGUAAAGAGCAUUUGUACCAUAAAGUAAAGUGUUUUGUCAGUGCCCUUUGCCAAA